GCCUCUGAUUGGCUCAGACACGGCUAACUCCAUUUUGGAAAACAGCUGUUUGAAGACACAACCUUUUUUUCCUCUCUCUCUCUCUCUCUCUCUCCCUCCCUCUCUCUCGUUGUUUCCGACGGGUAUCCUGAGAAAAACACCCAGGGCUUCAGACUCUCUCUUCUUCUCCUUCUUCCUCCUUUUUUUUCAUCCACAGCAGCCUGCGCGCUUCAGUGCUGCGUUCACGGCUCUCCUGUCUUUUGUCCGUCUGCCAGGAAACUUACCAAGGGGAUCCAUGGUGUUAAAUGUCCAUUGUAACAAGUGGAUAACAGGAGGCGACCCUAUCAAGGUGUAAUGAGAGCGCUGGUCAUGGACAGAUGAUGGACGUGGAGUCGUCGUACUCAGACUUCAUCAACUGUGAUCGCACCGGCCGCAGGAACGCAGUGCCUGACAUCGCAGGGAAGGAAAAGGAAAGGGCCAGCACCAGUGAGCUCACCAAAGACCUGGCAGAGAUGGACCUGAAGGCAGCAGAAGGAGACCCGGGGGCCUCUCCAGCCCCUGAGGCGGAGGGCUCCACCAGCCAAGACGCACAGGGAGGUGGAGGCCCAUCCUAAACUCUGCAUGAGGCCGAGAUGGGGGCAGAGCCGAGGAGUGGAGAGGAAGCAGAGGGGAGAGAGUGUGAAUAUUGUUUGUCCUGACUGGACAUGAGGGCACCUUCGCUCACUGCCGGCCUGUUUGGAGCUUCAGCGGCCCAAAUGUCGCCUUUUCAUCGGAUCAGAUUGUAACACAGGGAGCAGAACGGAGCAGAACUGACAUGCUUCACUCUCUGUUAGUCAUUUAUAUUCCCUGAUCAGACAAGAAAGCACAGAAACUUUGAUUUAAUGUCUGUGGAGGUGGACUGAGCUGAACUGAAAUCAUUUAUAACACUCAAGCAUUGUUCCAGCCUAAUAUGGAGCUGUGUCACCGGUAGGGGGAAGCAUUCAUAAUCAUCUGUUUGUCAUUUUAUUUCCAAGUAUGUGUGUGUGUUUGCCCUUUGUGUUCAUUUCAUCGUCAAGUCUUUUCUUUUUCAAAUGAAGAUAAAACCUAGUCGCCAUUAUACUGUCGUGUACGGACUUCAUAUUUAUUGCUAAAUGUUCAGUGAUAACUUUGUGAUAGCAGUUUUCUUUGUGUAAUAAAAUACUUAUGAAUUACUGUAA